AUGGCUUCCACGGUGACGCUGGAGAAGACGACCACCAUCCAGAGUGAUGACGCAGGUGUUGUUGGAUCGCCCAAGACCAUGCGGUCUCCUCUCCUGAUGAAGAAGGAGGCCAAGGGAAGGUGCUGCGGGCACAGGUGCGAGCUCGUCAGCUACGACAAGCUGCCGGAGUUCCUCAAGCACAACGAGUUCAUCGUCGACCACUACCGCAGCGAGUGGCCCAUCAAGGAGGCGCUCCUCAGUGCCUUCUCCGUCCACAACGAGACCAUCAACGUCUGGACGCAUUUGAUCGGCUUCUUCGUCUUCCUCGCGCUCACCGUGUGCGCCGCCACGAUGGUCCCGACGGAGUACGAGUCGUCGCCUCACUUGGCGACGUCGUUCACGGGCCUGGCCAACAUCAGCGACAACGCAAUGGUGCUGAGGAGCUACAGCGCGAACGGAGCGUUCUUGGCAAUGACAAUGAAGGCGUUCCACAACGUGUCCGUCGUCAAAACCGAGGCCGCCGCCGCCGCCGUUCUGUCAGCGGCGGGGCACGGCCGGGUCCCGCGGUGGCCGUUCUACGCGUACCUCUGCGGCGCCAUGUUCUGCCUGCUGAUGAGCAGCGCGUGCCACCUGCUGGCGUGCCACUCGGAGCACGCCAGCUACGUGUUCCUCCGGCUGGACUACGCGGGCAUCACGGGGCUCAUCGUCACCUCCUUCUACCCGCUCGUCUACUACACCUUCCUGUGCGACCCCUUCUACCAGGCGCUCUACCUCGGCUUCAUCACCGUCUCCGGCGCCGCCGCCGUGGCCGUCUCCCUCCUCCCCGUCUUCGAGAGGCCCGAGCUGCGGUGGGCGCGGGCGGGGCUGUUCGCGUGCAUGGGCAUGUCGGGCCUCGUGCCCAUCCUGCACAAGAUGCUCGUCUUCGGGGACCGCCCGGAGGCCGUGCUCACCACGGGGUACGAGAUGGCCAUGGGCGCCUUCUACCUGGCCGGCGUCGUGGUGUACGCCACCAGGGUCCCCGAGCGCUGGAUGCCCGGGUGGUUCGACCUAGCGGGACACAGCCACCAGCUCUUCCACGUGCUCGUCAUCGCCGGCGCCUACGCGCACUACCUCGCCGGACUGGUCUACCUCGGCUGGAGGGACAUGGAAGGGUGCUGA